UACAUCAGCGACGACAGCAUUGAACCUUGAUCUGACGUACAAAAUCGUGCGGUUUCGUGUUACCUCCGCAUUCGCAACAAACAAGUUCACUCAAAUGUCGAAUCACCGCAAGCCUUUGAGACAAAAAACAUCCUAAUUGUUUGGGUGGAAAUGCGGGGAUAAUGGUGCAUUCGUUCUCCAAAUAAUUGUCUGCUCCGAUAAAAGUGCAGUAAUGGCAGGUUUGUCAGGUUAUGAUCCCGUGUAUCGAGGCAGACCGGUGCCUCCACAACAAUUUCCAGAUGAUUUCAAUGACACAUACUACAAUCGUGGGAUUGUGAGGCCAAUUGAGGUCACAUCGGCGUCAUCGAGCAUCCCCGAGGGAAGCACACCAGCUGACAAUGACAUCACCAUAAAGAGAUCAAUAGGCAUUGGAUGUGGUCUUGCCAGUUUGAUCACGGAAAAUCUGCUCAUUCAUCCGUUCAUUGUCCUGAGAAGACAAUGUCAAGUGAAUCCAAUGGCAGCGACGUAUCAUCUCGUGCCAAUCACGUUGAUACCAGUCAUGAUGAGAUUACAUCAGUCCCAGGGGAUGAAUACAUUGUGGAAGGGAAUUGGCUCGGUUUUACUAAUCAGGGGUUUGACUCUUGCGGUUGAGGACCUCUUGUCGAAGGUCACGCCGUGGCCGAAGGAAAUAACGAAUGCAACUUCCCUUAAAUCUUUCGGACAACACUUGCUCCUCAAAUGUGUUUCCAUUGGAAUUGUCUCUCCUUUCUACUCAGCAUCCCUAGUAGAGACUGUCCAAUCAGAGAUAGCCUCUGAAAAGCCAGGAGUACUCGAUGUAUUCCGCGAUGGGGCAAUUCGUCUACUCGAGGUCGGCAACAAAGGACGAAUUAUUCCAAUUUACGCCCUCCUGGGCCCACACGUCGCUUACGGAAUUGCCAAAUACUUAUUUGGGUUAAUCGUCAGGAGUGUCGCCUCCAGAAUAAUGGUCUUGAGAGACAGGCAUUUGCAAGAGAGCAGAGGAGCCUACAGUCGGGAUAUCAUUUCAGAAAAUGUAAUGCAGGACAUUGAUCUUCAGUCAACCUUAAUCUCCAUGUGCGCCGCUGACGUGGUAUUCUACCCUCUCGAAACAGUGGUUCAUAGGCUCCACUUGCAAGGCACCAGAACCAUUAUUGAUAAUCUCGAUACAGGAAGAAGUGUGACACCAUUGUUAACCAGUUACAGUGGUGCAUUUGAUUGCUAUCGUACAAUAAUCAAUAACGAGGGCCCUCUCGGAUUGUAUAAAGGUUUUGGUGCUCUGAUAAUGCAAUUUGGAAUGCACUUUUUGCUGCUGAAAGCCACGAGAUAUAUUCUCACAGAAAUUGGCAUUAUAUUGAAGCAGAAACCGAAAAUAGUUAAGACGCCUCAACGUAAUCACUACAAUGAAAUUUAAUAAUAAUUAUACUCUUUGAAAAUCA